GGAUGGCAGCUAGAAAGAGUAAAACGACGGACAAGGUCAAGUCUCUAGAAGAUUGCCUAUCUGAAUUGUCUGUAGCCGAUGAAAAUGUCGUACGAAGUGCUCUUUCUGCUGAACAAGAUCUCAGUAACUUUUCCGCGCAGGUAAAGGAAGAGCUGACGGAAGCACAUAAAGUAGCCGUUCGAGAGUGUAUACAAAACGCUGAGAAGCUGACAGAUCUCCACAAUCAAAUUGUGGCAUGCGAUCAGGUUUUCGAGCGGUUGGAGAAGAUGUUAUUGAGGUUUCAAGAUGACCUAGGGACCAUUAGCGAGGAUAUGAAAAGGCUGCAGGAUCAAUCCGUUUCCAUAAAUCAGGUGAACAUUAUUUCACCAACCCUUCUACUUGGCAGCGAAGCUACUAUUCCAGUAACAACAUUCACAGACUUGGAUUUGUCUUUUGUUAUGAAGCUCUUAUUUCAGGAGUUGGAGAAUCGCCAAAAGGUGCGCGGAGAGCUUAGCCAAUUUGUUGAUGAUAUCAUCGUACCACAAACCAUGAUUAAAGUCAUUAUGGAGGCUGAUGUUAGCGAUCGCAGCUUUCUGGAGCAGCUUCACGAGCUGCAGCACAAAAUCAGUUUUGUUCGCGCACAGGAGUUCAAGGAUGCUCGCGCUGUUUACGAUGUGAUGGGCGUCUUGGAGAGUCUUAAGUUUAAGGCUGUUGAGAAGAUACGGGAAUGGAUUUUGACGAAAAUUUACAUGUUUCGUAAGCCACUGUCGAAUUAUCAAGUGCCUCAGCAUCAGCUCUUGAAAUAUCACGCGGCUUCUAAAGAAGAUUUACUAGGCGCUGAGGAUUCAGUGAAAACGAGUGGUCUCACCGGGUUGUUUUCAGGAAAACCACACCAUCGAAACAGGGCGACAGUUUUUUCGCUGGGUUCUAGGCAGCAAAUCCUUACUCACGACUUCCUCAAUCCUCUUAUCGUUCCACACGCUGCUCAGGAGUCUAACCAAAAGGUUUGCAGGUUCUGCAUACACCAUUUCACCAACUUCCUUUUUUCCUCCUUUUGCUACUAGUU